CCCAGAAGGCAGCUGGAGGUUCGGCAGUGACGCGGUGGAAGGGCCGUGUCGCCGAGGAGGGUUGGUUGUUGUGGUAACCGGGCGGGCAGCGGCUGGAAGGAAGGCUGAGCGUCGUGAGGGGGCUGAACACACUUGUGAUGUCGGACACCGACCCAAAGACGGUGCAGGAUCUGACCGCCGUGGUUACUACAUUGCUUCAACAGAUGCAGGACAAAUUCCAAACAAUGUCUGACCAGAUAAUUGGGAGAAUUGAUGAGAUGAGUGCUCGCAUCGACGAUCUAGAAAAAAACAUUGCUGACCUGAUGACGCAAGCAGGAGUUGAAGAAAUAGAAGCAGGAGAAAAUAAGGCUCCCAAGUAACCCGAAGAGGAAAAUAGAAGGAAUUUUUUUUAAUGUUCGCCAAUCCAGGUUGAUUACUUCAAGAAUUCUGCUGUGUUAAAAGUGCAUUUCUUUUAUAUUCAAAGUCAUAGGUGUGUUAACAGCUCUAUUUGAAUAGUCUUUUGUAAGGAAAACACAAAUGUACGGCAUAAAAUUUAAUUUGUUAGUAUCUGGCUUUCUUGGAUAAUUUUGAUUGAGCUAAUUGAAACUCCAUUUCCUCAUGACCUUUUUUUGCAUUCAAGUAAUUGAGACGGCAUUUUUUUAAGCAUUGGUAGUAGAUCCAGUUUGUAUAUUUAUGGCAUUAUUGCUGUUUUUCUCACUUGGAAUGUUCAGUAAAAGACAUCUUUAAAAGCCCACGUGUGUUUUACCCGUGACAUAAAAAGUCAGUUGGCUGUAAUCCUUCAUAAUGUAAUUGAUGGACGGCUCCUGUUCCUAAGCAUUUGCAGUCAUAAUCGUUAUUAAUUUGGCGAUGUCAGGAAGGUCUUUUGAUGGCAAUGCCAUAUUCCAUUUGCCAUUUUGUGCUUGUUCUAAACGUUUGCAUUGGAGAUUGCUCAAAACGUGAUAAAUGGUGCUUAGGUUAUAUUUAUGGACAUCUAUUUUUGAUUUCCUCAUUAACAAUAACCAUCUUAAUUACAGAUUACUUCUAAGUAGUGGAAAUAUUAUAAGAUAAAGGUGUCCUAAAGAAAGACAUUUCCAUUGUUUUCAUUAACAGACUGUCACUUCCAUAUGCGAGCUAUUGCUGUUGUUUUCAUAGGAUCUGCUGCAUUUUUCUUUAAAAUUCUUUGUGAGAGGCAUUUGCAUAAUUUAUCCAGUAGGAUAUAGGUCAUGAUUAAUUUAAAUAUUAUUCAAGGAAAUUUGCCUAAAAUGUUUAAUUGUAGCAGAGUUGCUGAUUUACAUUCAUAAUACUUUAAGUAUCUUAUGUAUCUUGUAUCAAUGUUAAAAAUACAGUGUGUUUUAAAAAAAGUUACAUUGUGUGGUCUUAACUACUUGUAGCUAACAAAUUAAGAUAUUUGACUUUGUCAUUUCA